AUGGAGGUUACACAAGAAAAGUCUGAGAAGCAAACUUGGAGAGACCUUCCCUUGGAGCUUCUAAUCUCACUAAUGGCGUAUCUUGAAAUCGAAGAUAAUGUACGCGCAUCUUAUGUAUGCAAAUCGUGGUACGAGGCAGCAGUUUCGGUUAGAAUCAUAGACCAGCCUCCUUGGCUCAUGUACUUCCCUAAACCAAGAAACUGUUAUGAGUUUUACAAUCCAUCAAACUGCAAGAAACAUACAAUGGAGCUGCCUAAAUCACUAGUAGGCUCUAAAGUCCGUUACUCUAAAGAUGGAUGGCUUCUUAUGAGCAACUGCAUUUCAUCAGACUUCGUCUUGUUCAAUCCAUUUACUAUGGAUCUUGUGGACUUGCCUUAUCUUGAGUUAUGGUAUGGUUACCAAUUAGUCGGAUUCUCUUGUGCUCCUACAUCAAGCAACUGUGUGGUUUUCACGAUCAAGGAUUAUGAUCCGGGCCACGUGACCAUCCGAACCUGGAGUCCCGGUGAAACCACGUGGACUUCGAUGCAGAUCGACUCUCAGUUUCUUGAUGUCAAACAUAACUAUCUCGUCUUCUCGAACGGUAUGUUUUACUGCCUCAACUUAAGAAACCACCUCGCGGUUUUUGAUCCAUCUUUAAGGACAUUCAAUGUCCUUGAUGUACCGCCACCUAUAUGCCCUGAUGACGUCGAUGAAGAGAGUUGGUAUGAAGGAAAGUUCAUGGUGGGUUAUAAAGGAGAUAUAUUUGUCAUAUGUUCAUUUGGAAAUCAAGAUCCUUUGGUGUUUAAACUCGAUCUUACGCGAGGUGUUUGGGAGAAGAAGGGAAAUCUCGGUAGCUUAACGAUCUUUGCGAGUAUCAAUUCAUGUGAAUCAAGAACUUAUGUUCAAGAUGGGAUGUCAAGGAAUAGUAUUUACUUCCCUAAGUUAUGUUACAACGAGACUCGUUGUGUGAGAUAUCUGUUUGACGAAGGAAGAUACCAUCCGCGUGAGCACAAUAUUAACUGGGGAAAGCAGAGAUCGUCUAAGAACAUUUGGAUUGAAGCUCCUAAGAACUUUGAAUUAGUUUAA